AUGUUGUCUCUGUCAAGCUACAAGAGUAUCACCAAGGUUUCCAACUCUAUUGGAAAUUUGAUAGACCUGCGGUACUUAAAUCUUUCUCACACUAGUAUUGAGAGGCUGCCAUCUGAAACAUGCAAGCUUUACCAUCUGCAGUUCUUGUUGUUGGCAGGUUGUAAAAGGCUCAUUGAAUUGCCGGAGGACAUGGGAAAAUUGGUUAAUCUAUACUACCUUGACGUUAGUAACACCGCAUUGAAGGAGAUGCCGGAGGACAUGGGAAAAUUGGUUAAUCUACGCCACCUUGACGUUAGUGAUACUGUAUUGAGGGAGAUGCCGAUUCAAAUAACCAAACUACAAAAUCUCAAAACUCUGUCCGACUUUUUGUCAGCAAACAUAUGA